ACUUAUUCCUGCUCGUGAGAACUACCGGUGGUCAGCGCUCACGCAUCAGUCGGAGCCAUGGCGCCUCCCGCGAUUCAGGUGCAUGAGCAUAAUGCAAUGUAACAACGUUUCUUGCCAUAAAUAUUCUAACGGCUCAUAGCUGCUUGCAGAAUCGUCGUGGUGAAACACGGACUCGUAGAGCGGCUUCCCAAAACGAAAACGCCGGACCUGUUUUAGCGAAGGGUAGUAAGUGUAAGGAUUUUGCAUUUGGCCCAUUUUCAAUGUGUCAUGAUUCUUUACCGCUUGUGUGAAAUCCAGCUUCGAAGCCGACUGUCGUACGGAAUAAGAACGAGAGUUCUCGUUCGUCGCUACGUCAUGUCACGAAUACCACCAAGUCCGUUCUCUCUGAGCGUGACAAGGCUGCUGUUAAGGUAACGGAGGUGCCGAAGCCUACUUCAAGUCAAAGGCCGAAUCCUCAGGUAUGCUUGCGCUUCACCAAGAAGCAGCAAGAGAAAUGCCAUUUCUGGUCGCUAAUAUCAGUAAUCUUCUCACAGGCUCGUGAAACAAAGCCACCAGCUCAGGCAUGGCGUCCCUCUGGAAGUUCUAAAGGCCUUUUCGAAAAGACAUCCACUCACGCACGCCCUCCUGUACCGCAACGCCGCAGCACUUCUGCUCCGGUUGCUUCCCGUUCCAGCAAUGUGCAUUUCAGCCGAAGGUCAUCAGCGACCGCAAUUCCAGAUCCGCCUGAUAUCGCACCAGCAGCGACUGUUAAUUAUGGCAAUGUCUCUGACCACCUUACUGCAGCUAUUCAUGAAGACAAUGUCGCUGAUCACCUCAUUGCAGCUAUUUGUGAAGACAAAGUCGUUGAUCACCUUACUGCAGCUAUUCAUGAAGACAACGGCGCUGAUCACCUUACUGCAGAUAUUCAUGAAGACAAUGUCGCUGAUCACCUCAUUGCAGCUAUUCGUGAAGACGAUGUCCCUGAUCACCUCACUGCUGCUGUUAUGCACAAUGUCAAGGCAACCGACCCGACCUCCCAAGUGACAGAACUCUCAUCAGGUCAUGUGAAAGCGGAGAACGAAGUCAAACGUUACAGUUUGCGACCAAGGAACAGUGCCGGCCAUUGCAUAGGGAGCAGUGCUGGUGCAGUGAGGUACAUCUUGACUAUGACGAAGCAGCUCAUCGCGAAGACCCGGGCGGUUAAAGUGGAGUCGUGCUGGGACGUUGAUGCUCAAGACCGUGGGGAUCCACUUGCCGAGACGACCUACGUUUCUGACAUAUACAACAAUUACAAGAAGAUGGAGAAUGAGGGAAUGGUUUCCCCUACUUACAUGUCUGCCCAAGUUGAAGUCAACAGUCAGAACCGUGGUGUUGUCCUCGAUUGGGUGAUCCAGGUCCACGAAUCCUACGAGAUGAUGCCAGAGACGCUCUUUCUCGCUGUCAACAUAUUUGACCGGUAUCUUGCUACCACUCAUGUACCUCGGAAGCACAUCCAACUGGUUGGAGCCACGUGCAUCCUGAUUGCAGCAAAAUACGAAGAAAUCUAUGCACCUCUGGUUGCUGAAAUCGAGAAGCUUGUAUGCGGCUCCUACACUCGAGGACAUUUGCUGAUGAUGGAGAAGCAGAUCUUGAACAAGCUUUCAUUCAAACUCAGCAUUCCCACGUGCUACGUCUUUGCUGCUCGGUUCCUAAAGUUUGCUAAAGCAGCAGCUGAAGCUGCCACCGCUGCAAAUGCAGUUUCCAAUGGGUGGAGCAUUGAAGUGUCUAAAGGAUGCAGCAGCCGGGUGCAUGCUUUCGCGUGGUACCUUCUAGAGCUCACCAUCCCAGAUAUCAGCAUGGUUCAGUUCAGCCCGUCGCAUCUUGCUGCAGCUGCAGUCUACACUGCUCUGCUUGGGGCCUAUCAAACUGGACGAGCAGCCAAGACAGCAACUCUGGAGCGCCACCAGACAAUCACACACAGAAGGCCAACUAACGAGGGUGAAAUCUGGGGCUCACGCAUGGCGGACUUGACGGGUUUUGAAGCUGCGGACUUGUGGCACUGUGUGGGGCUGUUGCUGGAGAUCUACAAGAAGGCUUUAUCAAGCCGACGUGGUGCUGUUUUUCAAAAGUACCAGAAGACGAAGUUCUUGGAAGCCGCCACCUAUCCUGCUCCACAUAGCCAGGAUCCUAGCUCUCAAUCCUCGGAAUAGGCUUAGGAGGGUUCUGAGUGGUAUGGAGGAGCAGUGAAUGACUGUUCAUACGAUCAGCCAAGAGCUCGCAGAAGGAUGGAAUAAGGCAAUUGCAGAGCAGCAUCGGCCACUGGGAAUAAGGUCACCAGUACCAUUAGGUAUUAGGGCCGCACUAUUUAUCCUUGCGUAUUUCAGGGUUAUCAU